AUGGCUGUGAUCGGCUGCUGUGAAAAUGGACUUCUUGUCGAUCACCAAAGAAGUAUUUCUGAGUCAGUUUCGGAUUUGUCCUUGUCCUGCAAAGACAGUUUAUUCGCUUUGUUUGAACCUUACUUUCGAUCUUCAGUUACAAACAGUGGUAGGCAUAAACGAAAGGUAAGUGUGUAACACUGACUGAGUUAGCUUGAUUGAUUUCCUUUAUGGAACGGCGAUUUCCAAAUUAGAUUCUUACGUGAUCUGUAUGCUGCCUCAAGAGUGAACGUAAAUGGAUUGCUUUCUUCACCGGAACUGAUAUGGCAUUACAUGUAACAAAGAACCAAAAAAACAAACGAUUAAGCCUCUCCAAGAGUUGUUCGCUGAAGUUCUUUUGUUUCUUAUGUCUGGGCGUCUGGAAAAGCGGGAAACCGGAAUCCGGAAUCGGAACGGGAAUAGCAACAGGAACAGAAACAGGAAGCGGACCCGGAAUAGGAACCGGCGGUAUGGGAAGAGAAACCUAUACAAAAACGGGGACAACAUUUACCUUAAUUUAUUAGUUAAUCUGGAUUUAAUUCCUAUUUCGUUUAAAUACGAAAAAUAAGGGAAAAAAUAUAACAGGAACCGGAAUAGGAAGGGGAAUAUAAACAGUGUAUAGAAAUAUGAAAAGAAAAAGAUAUAAUUGUGAUAUAAAUAAAAAGCCAGAGAAAUAAUAAAAGAAACAAGAAAACACCCUUGAAAUGUUAAUCUAAUUAACCUUUCUUUGUCUUUAGCCAGUGACACAUUGUGUUUUCGUGGCAAACAUAAUAGCGAACUCAACCAACGAGAACGCUGACCGUCGCAGACUUCAUGAAUAGCAACUGGAAGUUCAAUGUUUCGCUUGAUUGAAUGCUUCUGUCUCAGAGAACGAAUCUGAAUUCUUCCUCUUACCUUCCACUGUGCGAAUUUGUUGAGUCAGAGCACUGAAAGAUAGAAAACAUCUACUUCCACCACUGAGAAAUUGAAUUCGGGUCUUAAUUCAAACUAUUUCUCAUUAAUUCCAAAUUGUCCAGUCUUUUAAAGGUUGGUAAAUGAAGCUGGAGACGGCGUCCGAGCUCAGAAAGACACAAUAAAAUGUAUCGCCUGCCGUUCACGUUUUCAAGACAACUUAAGAUUUGAUCAUUUACGUUGUAGUUGUGCAAAGACGGUGAAGAAAUUGACAGAAAGCACGAUGCACUCGCAAAGCUGUUGCUUUAUUUAUUUUACUUGCUGCUUUUUUAUAUUCUCGUUGCCGUAAUAUAAAGAGAUUCAGUGGGGAGCAUGAUACCCGACUAGUUUUCUUAUUUUUUUUGUGUAAAUUGAAUCAGAAUUAAAAUAAUUUAAGAUAAAUGAUGUCCCUGUUCUUGUAUCGGUUCCCCUUCAGAGUACUGUUCCUGUUCCGUUGCCGUUUUCAGUUCUGGUUCUGCUUCCUGUUCCCAUUCCCGUUCGUAUUCCGGAUUCCGGUUUCUGGCUUUUCCAGACGCCCCUUAUGUCUCGUGUUAAUCUGUACCAAAAAAGGCAAAACAUCCCCUCCUUAGCUCUUCAGAGACUUUCAAAGGACUAGGCACAGGGCAAACAAAUGCAAGAUGUGCAAGUGGUUAUAUUCCCAUUCCAUUAUAAGUGACUGCUGAUUAAUUCUCAUACAAACAAAUAAAAUUUUAUAGAGAGGCACAUAGCCUGAAAAUGUAUGACAGUAAGAAAUACAUACCACUCAGAGACUGAGAAAGGUAUAGUAGUUCUCAAAGAACGGCAUUGAACACAAAGGUAAAAAGAGCCAGAACAAUGGACUGGUAACAGGUGCUUUAUUUUUGCUUCCCCUCAUGAUCAUCUCGUGCUUCACGCUGACAUUUCAAGCUUUGCGCAAAAUGCCAUGUUUGCCUCGCUUGGCUCAUAAAGCGUAUGUUACGCAGGCUAAUUACCCGUUGCUGCAUUGUUGUAAAUCAGCAAAAAACCUUUCACAGUCUCCAAAGGCCUUCUUUGAGCGGACAUAUUGCUCUAAGGGCCUGUUUACAUGAAGGUAAGAUAAGAUAAACACUUUAUUUCAAUAUGGUGCAUAAUUACAGCCGCACUGUAGUCUACAACUGGCCUGUCCAUAUAUUCUUUCAUUUUAAUUUGAUCACGUUUACAUGAUAGGUGGGGUGACCCGCCAAGUGCGGGUAGCCCGGUCUGCCAGACUGGGUGACCCUUCCAGCUGGGGUCAAAUUUUGCCAUGUAAACAUUUAAAGAUGGGGUAACUCACCUAGCUAGGGAUAGAUCUGUGAUACAUCAAAUUUGCACAAAAUUCACUUUGGCCGUGGCUUUGCAUAAUUAUUUAAGGUAAUAAUUGAAAGCCACAGCACCGAAGGUUGCAGCAAGUGAGUGUAAAAGUGCAUUAAUUGCCAAAACAUGUGGUUUGCCAGAAUUUUUCUUGUUUAUGUGCUUAGCGACCAUUCAAUAAUUUUGAGAAAAUGCACCCCGGGAUGGCAGGGUUGUAACAUGUAAAGGGCCAUAUAAAGGAGGGGUUAUUUUUUACCCCGCCUCAGCGGGUUACCUCACCUACCUGGAGUCCCCCACUUCCAUGUAAACAGGCUCUAAGUCAAUAAUGUUUUUCUUCCCCUCUCUGUAAACCCAGCGAAAAAAAUCCUUGAAAGGUAAUCCAGUUGAGGAGGAGGACAUAGAAGCUCUUCUUUACCACCAGAAGGUAAUUAAACAAAGCGUUUAUUUUUCUUACCAUGAUGCCUCCUUUUAGUCAUUUAUCAUCAGCAUAAUUUUUAUAUUCUGGAACCAAACUUGUGAAUCCUAAAGGCAGAGUUUCACCUCAGUCAGUUAUUGGUCAACAGCAUUGCAAUGUGGAAGUUGGGUGCCUGAGAUAUCCAGGAGCGUCCACUACUGGCAGCCAGCUUCCAUGGCAGGCAAAUCCUGGCAACCUAGUGAUGAGCCCCCAUGCGCAAGGGAAGAAAGAAGGCACCUGUCACAGUGAACAAGUCAGUGGAAAUAUGGAAGGGAGGGGCGGGGAAGCAGUCACUGCAAUUGUGAGACACCAAGGCUGAGUAAAUGUUCACUAAAAACUGCCCAAACAUGCCAAAAUGCCAGAAUGCUAAAAACAAUCACAAGUAAGAAGCUUUGGAAACUGCAAUAAAAUGGCCAAACACGCCAAAACACCAGAAUGCUAAAAACACACCAGAAAAUGCUACAAAACACUCAACUGCAAGAGCAUGUGGGAUAAUGGUGCAUGCUCAUCUCACAAUCCAGCUGGCCAGCAAGAUCAGACUUAAACUCCUUGUUGUUAACUCUGUCAAAUUGCAUUUAACUGCAUUAAUAUAUUAUAUCACCAUAAAUUUUAUUUAUCUUUGUUUUAAUGCAUUUAAGGUGAAAGGGACAAUUCUUAAAGUCCUGGAGAAUCUUGUGAGGACUGGGGUAGAAAAAAGAUAUUUUCUUUCCAGUUGUGAGGACUUUGAAGAAGAUAUGUGUACAGUAGUGCCAGGUAAAAUAUUACACAAUUUUUUUUUUAAUUUUUCUAAAUCAUUGCAUAGUACUCCAAACAACACACAAUUUAUUUUUAAAUAAUUUUUGACGCCCUUAGAGCAGCCAAUGGGUGCCUAUCAAAAACAGUAAAUGCACAGACAACAGACAUGUCCAGACCAGACUUAAAAGCUGUAAAUGGUUUAUCUUUUUUUUUAAUUUCUACAGAUAAAAAUCUUCCCAGUGAACACAACUUAUUUGGUCAUUUGAUAUCUCAUUUAAAAGAAGAGCCAGCAUUACUUAACAUUUGUGGACAGCCGUACAUCAUACCUCCUCAGUGUACUUUCUUGACGUCUGAUUCAAGCAACUUACAACCUCUUAUUGAUCAUGGUUAGUAUUUUUGAAUACUACCUGUAGUGCUAAAACACUCUAGUUAUUUUUUAAAUAUUUAAUCACUUCUACCACAUGGUGAGGACCACACAACAGAGCAGGGCUCCAAUUUAGGUGUGUCCUUAAAAAUAACCCACGCAACCCAGGAGAGGUUGGCCACACCACCAGAGUCUACAUCCCCUAUUCUUUUCAAAUAGUGGUGUGGGUUUUUUUAUGUCCCAUAAGAACCAGAUAAGUGAAAGUGCUGUGAGACGGGACCUAUGGUUUUUCAUCCUUAUCCGAGAAGACUAGAAAGUCUAACCAUUUGCCGAUGUUAUUACGAAGGUAGCACCUUCUCCUCAGUUAUUUAACCCUUUAAGCCCCGAUGUCCAUUUACAAAUUCUCCAAACUGAUCUCCAUACAUUUCCUUAAAGAAUAAGUUGAGAGAAUUUGAUAAGAGAUCAUAGAAUUUUCUCUGAGGUGAUAAUGAUCAUUUAAUUAAAUCUCAUAACCUUUUCUCUUGAUUAUGUAUUGACAUUGCAAAGAGAAAAUCAAUGUUGGUCACUCUUGGCACUUAAAAGGUUAAAGACCCUGAGUUGUGGUCUAGCCAGGAUUUGAACCCGGACAUCCUGCUCAGCAGUCUUGAGCUCCCCUGAGCACUCCCAACUAAGCUAACCAGGUCUAAGCCUUGUCAACUCUUUUUUGUUUGAAAACAGAGUUUGUUUUUUCCAGUUUCAAAAAAAUCUGCCUCCUUUUUUUCAGAAUAGUGACUGAAAAUGGUACUAUCUUUUUCUUUUACCAAUGGAUGCCAGCAGUAAGAUUUUACAUUUGUUAACUCAUAAUUUAUUUUAAUUAUUUNUGUUUUUCUUUUCAUCUCCACUCUCUUCUGAAUUGGUCUUCUUUCUCACUGAGCUUGGAUUGAAUGCUUCUUUUCAGAGGAGACGAUUAAGAAAAUCGCGGUAAUAAGCAAGGUACGAUAGCGACGACUUGUUGUCAAUAAGCGAAUGACAUCUUAAAUGUCACCUCCGUUCAAGUAGGCUCAGAAAAUAACGAGAUCACUUUACAAUAAAAAAAAAGAAAAGAAACACUAAAUUAGUUACAGAAGAUUGUAUACAUACUCUUCUCUCCGCCAUCUUCAUUCCGGGGGAUGUCACGUGACCAUUUUGGCGGGAAUUUAAGGCGAAUUGUCAGUCCGAUCCGAUCCGAUCCGAUCCGGAGUCCGAUCCGAUCCACAAUCCGAUCCGAUCCGAGCAAUCCGAUCCGGGUUUUGUUAACGGCCUAAAGUAAACAGUACUAUGUGAAAGUUCUGCCCAAUAAGUUUUAUUUGAAUGGUAACACCAUAAGAUUUCAUCUACAGAUUUAUUGGUUAGAAUAAUAAAAUAAAUAAUCUUGGCAUGAUGUGGUCCAGGUGUAAAAGGUUUGAGAAAGGAUUCAUUUAAAAAGCCAAAGGAUAGGGGAAGAUAGAAAGCAAAGAAAUUAUGCCAAGUACUCCUUGCCUCUUCCUGUCCUUUGCCGCACCAUUUUUCCCUUAAAGUUUUUACAGCCUCGCUAUGUGGAUAUACUGUAAAGGCUGAUUUUGACUAGCGACAGAGUCAGAUUCAGAGUUGUAAGCAGAGUUGUAAGACCGCUUAUCCCCUAGUGAAAAUAAAAAAUCGGAAUCGUAGGUGGAGUCGUAAGCAUGGCGGGAUCAGAGUUAGAAUAACGGCAGGAUAAACCAAUAACAAUGCACAUUCCCACGCUUUGUGAUUGGUUUAGUUCUUCCGCUUCUGCUUCUGACUCUGACAAUCUGGUUUUCACUAGAUCAUAAGCUGAAUGUAAGCGACGGAGUCAUAAGCAAAAUCAGAACACUGUUUUCACUAGAUGAUAAGCACUAGCCACACUUCUGAUUAUGACUCCGACCCUGAUUCUGACUUCGUCACUAGUGAAAACCAGCCUGAAGAGUGGCACACAGAAGCUGCCUCUGUCAAGGGAAGAUGUAACCGGCAUUUUAAGGCUCCAGUUUUAACAUCCCUUGAUUCAGAACUGUUCAAGUGUUUCACUUUGUUUAUCUUCUGUUAAAGGUAUUCCUUCAUGUCCCUAUGGCAGAUCAAGUCUCUACCAGUCCCCCAGCUUCUUGCUCCUGGAGCACUGGUGGGGAUCUGGGUAACAAACAAACAAAAGUAUCUCAGGUUCACCAAGUCAGAGCUUUUUCCUCAUUGGUCAGUUGAGUUAGUGGCAGAGUGGUACUGGGUUAAGGUCACAAGAAGAGGAGAACUGGUAACUGAUUUGGAUUCACCACAUAAGAAACCUUAUGAGCCUUUAUUGAUUGGCAGAUUUAAACCAGAAGGGGAUAAUGGUUUGAGGGAAUAUUGUUCGAAUUUGAUUAUGGAUGACAAGUUUGAUGAAGACAAGAAGAGGUGUAGCUUAGAACAAAGGGAAUUCUGGAAUACUUCAUCACCAGAAAUGAAAAGGAAAAGACUUGCAAGCAAUGAAAGUGACACUAAUUUUUGCAUCCAAGAUUUCAACAAAAUUACUACAGCAGCUGAUGGUACUGAAAGUAAAAAUGUGCAUGACAUGUUGCAAACUGUGACUUGGCAAAAAUCACAUGAACACAGACCAAUGCUUUGUGGAUUAAAACACCUGUCGUAUAAAUUAGAAAGGUCAAGUGAUGAUGAUGAAUUUUUAGACUUACAAGUAAAUGAAGCAGUUUGUAAUACUGGUACAGAUAUCAACCUAAAAAGAAAUGUAAAAGAUACUGGCCACUCCUUAGAUUCAGUAGAGUCAUCAAAGAGAGGAUGGGAAAGAUUAUUACCAUAUGAACAAGUGAUCUGUAGUGUGCCCUGCAGGAUCCACUCCAGGAAACCACCUCUGAAUGGUAAGUCUAGAUGACAGAUCUUCAGAAAGGUUCAUUUAAUAAAUGAAUGAAUGAGUACAAUUUGUCCUGCAAAAUUGUGAAAAACCACAUUCUGCCCGAGGUAUGUAAGGUUACUAAAAAAACACUGCCGGAUAGUACUGUUUACCUCAGAUGUGAUGUAUAAAAAGUAUAAUCUGGUCACCAGAUUAAUUUUGUGUCGGACAGUUGUCGGACAGUUGUCGGACAAAAAAUUUGGCUUAAUUUUUAAUUUUGGCCCCCCUUUUAGAGAAAGGAAUGCAACCUUUUAAUUUACAAUGUGUAAAUUGGCUAGUCUACUGUGAUCAAGAGCCACUGUGGCUCGAGUGACUCAUCAAGAUGAUUGCUAUCGUUUGGGUGUACAUAUAAGGCUAUUAACUCGAUGUCAGAUUUGUUUCACUCUUGGACUGUUUGUAAAGUAUUUUUCUUUAAAAUCAUUUAGCCUUUCCCUCAAAAGACACAUGAAUGUGUUUGAUUUAAAUUAUAAAUUUAUUAAUGGGAGCUUCGCUUUUAGCCCUGGCUAAAUCUAUAUAUUAGUACAGUUUCGGUGUCAGUUUUGCAUGUAUUUCAUUUGACUAUACUAACACUGAUACCCCUUCUGCAGAAAUUCUCUCCUGUUAUAUACCACCCUCUUCUCGAUGCCUUGAGAUGUUUGCACGAAACUUAACACCACACUGGACAAGCUGGGGAAAUGAGGUAANUUCAGUGGAGUCAUCAAAGAGAGGAUGGGAAAGAUUAUUACCAUAUGAACAAGUGAUCUGUAGUGUGCCCUGCAGGAUCCACUCCAGGAAACCACCUCUGAAUGGUAAGUCUAGAUGACAGAUCUUCAGAAAGGUUCAUUUAAUAAAUGAAUGAAUGAGUACAAUUUGUCCUGCAAAAUUGUGAAAAACCACAUUCUGCCCGAGGUAUGUAAGGUUACUAAAAAAACACUGCCGGAUAGUACUGUUUACCUCAGAUGUGAUGUAUAAAAAGUAUAAUCUGGUCACCAGAUUAAUUUUGUGUCGGACAGUUGUCGGACAGUUGUCGGACAAAAAAUUUGGCUUAAUUUUUAAUUUUGGCCCCCCUUUUAGAGAAAGGAAUGCAACCUUUUAAUUUACAAUGUGUAAAUUGGCUAGUCUACUGUGAUCAAGAGCCACUGUGGCUCGAGUGACUCAUCAAGAUGAUUGCUAUCGUUUGGGUGUACAUAUAAGGCUAUUAACUCGAUGUCAGAUUUGUUUCACUCUUGGACUGUUUGUAAAGUAUUUUUCUUUAAAAUCAUUUAGCCUUUCCCUCAAAAGACACAUGAAUGUGUUUGAUUUAAAUUAUAAAUUUAUUAAUGGGAGCUUCGCUUUUAGCCCUGGCUAAAUCUAUAUAUUAGUACAGUUUCGGUGUCAGUUUUGCAUGUAUUUCAUUUGACUAUACUAACACUGAUACCCCUUCUGCAGAAAUUCUCUCCUGUUAUAUACCACCCUCUUCUCGAUGCCUUGAGAUGUUUGCACGAAACUUAACACCACACUGGACAAGCUGGGGAAAUGAGGUAAGAAGUUAUUAGAUUGUUAUUGGAGGUCAAUUCAAGAUUGUACAGAGGUAGCGUUGCCGAGCGGUUAGAGCAAUGGACUUGACUUGUAUUUCCAAGGCUAGAGUUUGAGUCCCACUCUGACCACCAACUGGAUUUGUUCUCAGUAGUCCCAUGUUCAAAACCUCGGCCACAUCUGUAAAUUAGCUAACUGGUUUACCUCCUACCAGUUGCGAUUUUAAGAGGAAAUUAUUAUUAUCAAAACAAGAAUGAAUGCUCUGUUUUUUGUUUACAGAAAGACAUAAUUUUUAAUGUGGUUGUAUUACAAGUAAGAAUAGGGCCAUUUAUACGAGGGAAAUAAGAUGCGUCUUACAUAGGAUGCGUCCUAAAUAAGACACAAACUAUCCCGUAUAAACAGCACAUUUCUUUGGAAAUUUAGCUAAGACGCGUCUUAUUUAAGAACAGCCCUUAACACCUGCUCUUCGAUAAGAGGCGUCUUAGCUAAGGUGCGUCUUAAUGUGCUGUUUAUACGGGACAGUUUGUGUCUUAUUUUCCCUCGUAUAAAUGGCCCUAAUGUCUCCAAAGAAAGGAAAGCGCUUCAGUUUGUAAAAAAAUGCAAAUAAUGUUCCAAAACAAGUUGCACAUUACUAAUUGUUGCCUUUUUUACAACUUUUACCACAAUGCACACCCACAGCGUCCUGCAAAUGCUUUUACUCUCUAAGUCUAAGUAAGUAUUGUGUAAGGAAACAACACAACAGUCAUGCUUCAACCCGGACAUACAGAUAUGAAGUUUGACUUGCUAUCCAUUACUAGUAGACACAACAACAGGCUGCGUAGCUUCACAUUUGUGUUGGAGACUGAGGUAACUUUAUUUUCUGUUUACUAGGUGUUGAAGUUUCAGAGUAUGGAGUAUUUUACACAGCUGUCAGCAAAAGAAACAGAUCCAAACCUAAGACCGAGCAACCUAUCUUAA